ACAAGUCUCUGUAGACUGUAGAGUGGUUCCUUCCUCCUUUGCAUUGUGCUUAAUUUCUGUGUUUGUUCCAGUUUCCAUUAGCUUCACAUAUGACAUUAUCAUCUAUGUUCCAGUUUCCAUUUGCUUAAUCUCUGUGUUUUACUUCUGGCAAGGCAAGGUUUGUGUUUGGAAGUGAUCAAGAUGUUAACAGAAGCUUGCACCUUAUUGCUGUCAUGGAUCUUUCUGUAUUUUGGGCAUGGCACCAAUGCUUCGUCGACAACAAGGCAGUGCUUGGGAGAUCCCUUGGAAGCUCUAUAUGGAGGAGGGAUUGUAGUAAAUCCAGAAUUUAACUAUAACAUUGAAGGUUGGAAAGCUUUUGGAGAAGGUAAAAUAGAAGAACGAAUAUCGAAGGAAGGAAACAGGUUCAUUGUGGCACGUAGUAGAAAGCAUCCAUCAGACAGUUUAUCGCAGAAGGUUCAAGUCGAGGAAGGGAAAAUCUAUAGCUUUUCUGCUUCUGUUCAAGUCAGUCAAGGAAGGGAGAUUGUAGCUGUUGUCUUUAAGUUUCCGAACGGUGAUGGUGUACGUGGUGGUGAUGUUGUAGCUGAGGAGGGGUGCUGGACCUUGCUAAGAGGUGGCAUAGUAGCAAAUUUCACAAGCCCAGUUGAGAUUCUUUUUGAGAGCAAAACCACAUCAGUGGAAAUAUGGUUGGACAAUGUCUCAUUACAACCUUUCACCAAGGAGGAAUGGAGAUCCAACCAGGACAAGAGCAUCAAUGAGGUACGUAAGAGUAAGGUGAGGUUACAGGUAACUAAGGCAAGUAAAACUCCUCUGAAAGGCACUAAAGUAUCCAUCAAGCAAAUCAAGUCACACUUCCCAUUUGGAUGUGGUAUGAACCAUUAUAUCCUCACAAACCCUGAUUACCAGAAUUGGUUUGCAUCAAGAUUUAAGUGGACCACUUUCACAAACGAGAUGAAGUGGUACAGCACUGAGAAAAUACAAGGCCUAGAAAACUAUACCAUUGCAGAUAACAUGGUAAAAUUUGCCCAACAGAAUGGGAUUUCUAUUAGAGGCCACAAUGUCUUCUGGGACGAUCCAAAGUACCAGCCUGACUGGGUUAAAUCCCUUUCCCCCGAGGAACUACGAACAGCAGCAGCAAAGAGAAUCAAUUCUGUGGUUUGUAGAUACAGAGGACAACUAAUUGCUUGGGAUGUAAUGAAUGAGAAUGUUCAUUUCAGAUUCUUUGAGGAUAACCUUGGUGAGAAUGCUUCUGCAGAAUCCUACUCAAUAGCUCAGCAGCUUGAUCCUGACACAGUUAUGUUCAUGAAUGAGUAUAAUACCAUUGAAUAUAGCGAAGACAAGAAUUCAAGUGCAGCCAACUACAAGAAGAAACUUGAAGAGAUUUUAUCAUAUCCCGGAAAUGCUAAUCUGUCAGCCGGAAUAGGGUUGCAAGGUCACUUUGGUUCUGGUCAGCCAAAUCUUGCUUACAUGAGAUCUGUUUUAGACAUGUUAGGUGCAACAGGAUUACCAAUAUGGCUUACAGAAGUGGAUGUGGGAAAAGGCCCAAAUCAGGCUCAGUAUUUGGAAGAGGUGCUGAGAGAGGGCUAUUCUCAUCCUGCAGUUAAAGGGAUCAUCAUGUUUGUAGGCCCAUUGGCAGCUGGUUUUAAUGUUACCACACUUGCAGAUAAGGACUUCAAAAAUACUCCAUCAGGAGAUGUUGUGGACAAGCUGAUAGAUGAAUGGAACUCUGGGACCCAAGAAAUCACAACAGAUGAUCAAGGAUUUAUAGAACUUUCCCUUUUUCAUGGAGAUUAUGAGAUCACAGCAGAAAACCACAUCACCAAUUCUUCAGCUACUGUAAGCCUUAGUGUUACACAAGCUGAACCACAUGCAAUUGUUCAGGUUCAUAUUGAUACCUGAAAGUGAAACAUCACAAUGUAUAAUUACAUAUAUAUAAUGAGAUAAAUAAAUUUCUAUACUAUUAUGACAAAA